CUUGCCUGCAUCAACCUCAACCAGAGCUUCGCCAGCAAACAUCGUCGGGUGCUGCAAUCACACGGGAAUUUCGAGAAGGACCAACGAACCAUUCCGAGAAUCAUUACAAUGCCAUCGCCCAUGGCGCCUCUCGCGCGCGUCCAGGCUCCUCUGCGGAGGGCCCUCGCCUCGUCGGCUCGCUCCCGAGCCUUCGCCACCGUCCCUCCUACCUUCGGCACGACAUCCGAAGCAGCAUCGCAGCCCCCGAAACCUGCGCGCCGACCGACAUACUUCAAGGACAAGAGCCUUGCGUCGCUGGACGACUUUAUCGGAGGCAACGCUGGCAAGGGUGACUCCGCAGCUCUCUCCGACGCAGAGGCUUAUGAGAUCCGCACCGUCGAGGUCACGGGCCCGACGGGCAAGAAGAAGACCAUCACCCGCCUCCCGGAGUGGCUCAAGACGCCCAUCCCCGCUGGCAACGAGAACUACAAGGCCAUCAAGAAGGACCUACGCGGUUUAGGAUUGCACACGGUGUGUGAGGAGGCGAAAUGCCCCAACAUCUCCGAGUGCUGGGGUGGAUCCUCCAAGAGCGCGGCGACGGCGACAAUCAUGCUCAUGGGCGACACCUGCACGCGCGGAUGCCGGUUUUGCAGCGUGAAAACCAACCGCGCGCCGGCGCCCCUGGACCCGCACGAGCCGGAGCACACGGCCGAGGCGCUGGCGAGGUGGGGGCUGGGGUACGUCGUGCUGACGUCUGUCGACCGCGAUGAUUUGGCCGAUGGCGGGGCGCGGCAUUUCGCCGAGACGAUUAGCAAGAUUAAGGCCAAGAAGCCGAGUCUGCUUGUCGAGGCGCUGACGGGGGAUUUCAUGGGGGAUCUGGACAUGGUGAAGAUUGUAGCCGAGAGCGGGCUGGACGUGUAUGCGCAUAAUGUCGAGACGGUGGAGGCGCUGACGCCGUAUGUGCGCGAUCGGAGGGCUACGUUUGCGCAGAGUAUUAAGGUGCUGGCGCGGGUGAAGGAGGUGAAGCCUGAGAUGAUUACCAAGACGAGUCUGAUGCUUGGGUUGGGAGAGCAGGAGGAGGAGAUUAUGGAUGCGUUGAGGCAACUGCGCAAAGCCAACGUCGACGUCGUCACUUUUGGCCAGUACAUGCGGCCGACGAAGCGCCACCUCAAGGUCGAGAAAUACGUGACGCCCGACGAGUUUGAGAUGUGGAAGCAGCGGGCGAUGGAAAUGGGAUUCCUGUACUGCGCGAGCGGCCCCCUGGUGCGGAGCAGUUACAAGGCGGGUGAGGCGUUUAUCGAGAAUGUGCUGCGCAAGAGAGCAGGUGAGAAGGCUGGGUUGGCGGCGAGCGAGAGGCUUGGGCAGACUGUUGCUUUGGAGGAAGGGUUCAAGACGUUGUAG